AUGGGGGGCGGAGAUUUGAACUUGAAGAAGAGCUGGCAUCCCCAGACUAUGAAAAACAUCGAGCGGGUUUGGAAAGCCGAGCAGAAACAUGAAGCCGAAUGCAAAAAGAUCGAAGAACUUCAGAAGGAGCUCAAAGAUGAACGAGCUAGAGAAGAAAUGACAAGAUAUGCGGAAGAAUCGGGGGCUAUAAAAAAAAAAGAUGAUCGCUUGGACUGGAUGUACCAAGGCCCCGCAGGUCAGGUGUCCAGGGAUGAGUACCUGCUGGGACGUCCCAUUGACAAACAGAUCACUGACCAAUACGCCGAUGUGGAGAGCGGCCCCGGAUCUACGGUCUCCAGGGAAGCCAGUGACAAGGAGAAGGCAAAAGGACUUCCCACUUUUAAAGACAACGACUUCCUGAAUGAAGGCCACAAGCUGCAAAUAGGAGACGACAAUAAGAAGUUAUUUUUGGACAAGUUAAAACGGGACGUGGAGUUCCUGGCCACUCUAAAGAUCAUGGACUACAGUCUGCUGGUGGGCAUACACGACGUGGACCGGGCCGAGCAGGAGGAGAUGGACGUGGAGGCCGUGGGGGAGGAGGAGGAGUACGAGGCAGACGGGACCGGGGCCCUGAGCGGAUCCUUCGGGACCCCUCCGGACAGCCCAGGAAACCCACUCAACUGCGGGGGAUUCUUCGGCCCCGGGGAGUUCGACGCCUCUGUGGACGUUUACGCAAUCAAGAGCAAGGACGGAGCUGUGAAAAAGGAGGUGUACUUCAUGGCCAUCAUCGACAUCCUCACGCACUAUGACGCAAAGAAAAAAGCUGCACAUGCUGCCAAAACUGUGAAACAUGGGGCGGGGGCCGAAAUCUCGACGGUGAAUCCGGAGCAGUACUCCAAACGAUUCUACGAGUUCAUGUCCAACAUCCUCUCAUAG